AUGGAGCUUCAGUACAACCAUAGCCGUGCAUUUAAAGUUUCUGUCAACACUCAGCUUCAGGAACCAUGGAGCAAGACAUUAGAGCGCAUUCUUCCAUUCCUUCAGUGCGUUGAUGAGUGCAAUUUCGACUCACAAUAUCACCCAAAACAUCGCGCCAGCAUCGAAUAUUAUGUGGGAGAUCACUUCAAACCUAUAUUGAUGAGCUAUGUUGGACGAACGUUCAAUUCCUGGAAAAAAAUCCUAGAAUCUCGGACUCUUAAAAAAACAGCACUGUUCAGAAACCAAUGCAGAUCACCUAAAAAAGUCUUCCACACAAAACAAAACCACAGGGCUACUGUAACGCCAAAUAACCUUACAAGGCCUAGGAAAAGGACACUGGAACUUCUUGACUUGCCGUGCGAAGUUUUUCAGCAUAUUUUCGAAUAUGUCGUAGGCUCUUAUGAGUUAAAAGGAGACCUCCUCCGGCUCUGUCGCCACACCCCUCCCAGCCGAUAUGGUCAAAACACCUCAACACAGUUAAUCCUCUAUAAGCCCCGGGCCUGGGCCGAACUAAAGGUUCUUCGGAUUUGUCGAGCGUUCCGAAAUUUGGCCAUCUCAUACUAUGGUUUUCCACAGGAAAAUAGCUUUCCUUUCAGCCCAAGGCUGGACGCUAUAGUCAUUCAGGGCGAAGAGUUAGAUUGCUUUGGCGAGGAAAGGGCUCACUCCGGUAUUUCCUGUUUCGCAAAUCUCUACUUGCAGGAUUGGAACAACGAUGACCACUGGCUUUAUUACGAUGGGGUCUAUAAAUUCAACGAGAACAGAUAUGGUGUGAGACCGUGGAGCAAGGUCACAAAGAUAUCAAACGAAUGCCUCCGCAGACUGAAUGAAAUCACGAUAGAUAUUCACGAUGGCAGCACAUAUAAAUCACACUGGAAACAUAUCUGGCAUUUCCUCGGCCGCACGUUCACCAAUACAACGUGCUUGAGAUUCAAUAUUAGCCGAGUAGAUUGCUGCGCUCGCAGGGAGUCAAUAGAGGAACAGGACCUGGGUUUGAAGAAGAAGAAGAAGUACUAUUUGAGUCACGACAUAGCAAUUCUUCGUGAAUUAGGCUUGGCAAUAGAAGAAUCUCCUCCAAACCGGCUUUUCCCCAAGUUGGAGGCUCUGAAGCUGGUAAGGGUCGCAGACUAUUGCACAGACGUAUGGUCACCGGAAAACCGUAGAACUAGGCGGCUGCUUGGGAUAAAGAUGGCGCAUACAGACUAG